CAUAAGUACUAGCUUACCACCAGGGUGAGUUUCAACUUGAAUGUGACUUGAUAACAUGUGGCAGCCCCAGACGAAUGAGUCCGACGUCAUUGGACAGAUUUUUAGGAUCCGGUUACAUAAAGAUUUUAGAGCCGUCGUGCUGUAUCACUUUGGUCAUACGGGUCUCCGAAGACGAAGAGCCAUAAAUAGUUCCCCGUUAUCAUUGCUGGCCCAAGGCUUGAUGUAGUCGCUUUGGUCCCGUAUCUCUCCAAGCUUGGCGAAUUGCCCUGCAUCUUCUACGCCUGGUUUAAGGCUCACUCACAUAAUGGCAGCAAAUGUGCAUACCAUCGCACAGACUGGUUUCGGGACCGGUACGAAUGAAUUGUAUGACCGAAUUCGCCCCUCGUACCCAUCUGAGUCGCUUUCGUACAUUCGUCAGUUACCCAAGAGUACAGCACCGUUGAACGUUGUCGAAAUUGGGGCAGGGACGGGCAUUUUCACUCGAGUUUUGUUAACUCACCCUGAGUGGGCCACGAGCAUUGGUGCGCUGAGAGCGAUCGAACCUAGUGUUGGCAUGCGUGAUUUUUGGACAAAGACUGUCAAGGACGAUCGCGCGACUAUUGUGGAGGGAACCUUCGAUAGCACCGGCAUAGAAGAUGGGUGGGCAGACCUCAUUGUUAUUGCACAGGCAUUCCAUUGGUGCCUUGACCAUGGCAAGGCAUUGGCUGAAUUCGCCCGUAUCUUGAACAAAGACGGGGCAGUUGUGUUGAUUUGGAAUAUCGAAGAUAGGGAGGCUGCGGACUGGGUUGCACAGCUCUGUAAAUGCAGGGAGGCCCACGAGAACGGCACGCCCCAAUUACGCCUCAAUCCCCUUAGGCAGUCGUUCUCUGCACCUGGAUAUACCUCCCUAUUCCAUCCCAUGGAAGAGAGAGAAUGGUCAUAUUAUGCUCUUGCUACUGAACAAAUUGUCACGGAGCGACAAUUGAGUUGGAGUUACAUUUCCGUACUUCCUCCAGAUGACAAGGCCAAGGUAGUGGAGGAUAUCAAAGUCAUCCUUGAGCGAGGAGAUGGUAAAGUCUGGAUCAACAAGGAGGAGGGCACGUAUCAAUACCCAUACAGGACUCUCGUGGUGGUGUCUAGAAAGAAGUAGAAACUGUGAUAAUUGGGUUAUAACUCAGAACACUCAAUCACUUGUAGCUGGGAGAUGAGCCGCAGUCGGAUUUCACUCUCUACAUAUGAGGUAGUGCUUUCGGGAUAUGAUUGCAGGUGUUAUUGAUGUUAUUACAAUAACUAGAGAAAUUGUACUCUGCGUGAACCA